UUCAUAAUUAUGAGAUUUCAAUUAAGCGUUUUUUGUUUAACACUUAAUUUCAUCUGUUAUUUAUCAACGGGCGUUAAUAGAUGUGACAAUGACUACGAAGAAUCACGUCCUAGAAGACAUUAUGAAACAUUACAUAGAAAGACUUUACUCAGACCAACUGCCUCCGAAAUAACCAUUGCGAUAUCGGAAUCAAAUGUUGCUCGAGGAAUUCAAGUUGAACACUUACAACAGUUCUUCUAUGCUGGACAGUAUCCAAUUGAUUUCAUUCGGCUAUUGGACACGUACAAGACAUUGAGUUACGAGCCCAUUCAUUUCAGCAGUGGCGAGAUAACAACACUGACCUCCAAUUAUAAUGACGGAUCAAAAACCAAUAGAAUUCUUACUCAACUUAAAUUCUACCGUAAAAUACAAGAAAUACAGUGCACGAAUAGUGUACUUUUGAAGUUUAGCUUACCGAAUGUCGGAAGUUCUUUGGAUGUUAUUGUCAAAUACGUGUACAAUAUGAUAGAAAUGUCGUACAGAGGGAAAUUCGUAGUGAGCGCAUGGCUUUGGGAACUGCAUAGAAAACUAUUAGACAUGAAAAACUCGAAAAAUUGA